AUGACCACCAAGGACAGUGGCAAGUGUUUGGAGACAGUCUCAGGCCACCAUCUGGGUGAGGUGACUACUCAACAGCAGUUGGGUGAGCAGCUCUUGGCUUUCCUGUUGAGGCUGGAAGCCUUGCUGCAGAAAGCCAUCCAGAAGGAAUCCCUGGAGAGAGCCUCCACUGACCAUGUAUGCCUGAGGCAGGUGCUUACCAGGGCCAGCCUGACUGAGCCUCUGGGUGAAGCUCUAAGGAAACGGAGAAUGAUUGAGAGGUCUCCAACUUUCCUGGAGAUGUUGGGGCUCAUCUGGGAGUCAGAGGCAUGGGAGGCCAGUCUAGCCAAGAAUGUGAGAGCCCAGGUGGAGAAAGAAGCUGAUAGCAGAGCCAAUGCUAAGGCAGAAAAUGAGAACAUGGACAAGGAGAAAGACGAGGUAGAGGAGCAGGCAGAGGAGGAGGUGGAGGCAGAGGAUGAGGAAGUGGAGAAGGAGGAGGAGAAUGAAGAGGGGGAAGACCACAGCCUAGACCAUGCUCCUUCAGAUACAGGCCAGGCAGAAUCCAAUGAGGCCCUGGGGAGCCCCACCCCAGCUUGGACAGGCAGUAUUCCUGGGAAGUGCCCAGGAGGGCCUGGCUGGGUGCACGGCUACCUUGCUUAGGCUGGAGAGCAUGAGGCAGAGGAGACUGUUCCAGAGAGCCAUCAGUCUGGAAGCAUUGCUGAGGGGUCAGCCCCAGAGUAGAGAAGAGGGCCUGUAGAUAUCUGCCUGGAAGAUGUUGGGAGGGGGAAAGUCUAUCUCAAGGGUUGCAGAAUAUUUGGCUGGCUCUUCCAAUGUAGGGAGACUACCACUUUCCUAUUCAGCAUCCCAAGACAGGCUGCUUCCUGCCCUGGGAAAUUUACCUGUCUGCCUCAAAGUGACUCACUUGUCUAGUUAGCACCCACUCUCAAACCAGCUCCAUCAUCCAUUAGUCCUAUGCCAAACUGUGAAGUUGUGUGCCAACCCUGGGCAGGCAGAGGCCCUGACCCACCCAGUUAGUCAACUCCACACCACAGCAUGUGCUAUGAACUGGGCCAGCCAAGAGUCUGUUCACUCCUCUCCUGCUUAGUGUCUUGAGCUCGUGGUCUACUUUGAUAUACAUCUAGGCCAGCCCCUGCUGCUUGUGCUCCUGUGGAUGUGUACAUUCUCACCUGAGCAUGUCUCCCCAGAGACCCUGAACC